CAACAACGAAGCCACCCAGCCAAUCCGUAUUUGGUUAUCCUAGGGUACGUACAGUUUGAUCCGAUUUCUCGUAUGAUCAAUUGAACCUGUGCCAUUCUCAAUCAGAAGCCAGGCCUCGACGUCCAUCCCAUCCUACUCUGAAUCGACAUUACUUCCAACGUCAUGGCAUCUUCCCUUGACGUCAACAACGCCCGAUUCAACGCUGAGGCGGCCGAGUGGGACAACAAUGUCAAGCACGUCGAGUCAACACAGAAAGCCCUUGACGCAAUCAGCCGUCACAUUCCCGCCUUUGCAGACGGCAACGCCAAAGAUCUCGACGUCCUCGAAAUCGGCUGCGGGACGGGUCUUCUCUCGUUUCUGCUAGCCCCGCACGUCCGCACCCUGAUCGGCGUCGACACGGCCUCGGGCAUGCUAUCCGGCUUCGACGCCAAGCUAGCCGCGCUACCAGACCGGGCGGCCGCCAACCUGACCAGCGUCAACGUCCUGCUGCAAGACCCGGACGACGCCGCGCUGCAAAAAGCCGCCGCGGAUCUCGACUCCCGCAUUGCGGGCUCGACGGCAGCUUCUCGACCGCGCCGCUUCGACCUGAUCGUGUCGCACCUGACGCUGCACCACAUCCCGUCCAUGCCCGAGAUCUUCGCCACGCUGGCCGCCUGCCUCAAGCCGGGCGGCCGGGUCGCGCUGACCGACUACGAGGACUACGGCGACGAGGCGAUCGCAUUCCACCCCGUCACCAAGCGCGAGGGGGUCGAGAGGCACGGGAUCCGCAGGGCCGAGGUCGUUGGGGCGAUGCGCGGGGCCGGGCUGGUGGACGUGGGCGUCGAGGAGGCGUUUGUGCUUCGCAAGGAGGUCGAGGCGGAGGGCGGGAAACCGGCAAGGGAGAUGGAUUUUCCAUUUCUGAUCAUGCUGGGCAAGAAAAAGGAGUAAACAAAGUCGCAAAACGGAGAAAAUGGGAUGACCAAGAAAUAAACUGGGCUGCGCCGUCUCGGGAGUUUACUGCACUGUGUUUGGCAGGCUGGGGGACGGGACAACAGAGAUCAUAAUGAUCGUCGAUUAUAGAUCGCGCAUGGUGUGGGUCCCGCCCAGGGAGGCGAGUGUCUCGGAAUCAUUUUUUUCCAGCAGGGAUGAUGCAUUAUUGUUCCAAGACAUGAGGAAACAGGGGCGAGUCACCAAAAAAUUUCAACUGAUCAGCUUUUUGCUUGGCGGAAGCCAUGCUCCGUUUUAUUGAGUGCCCUGGUAUCGUGAAAUGUAAAAAUACAAAAAGAAAGAUCAACAGAGCCCAUCCUAUCAAAGGUAAGGGAUGCGAUAUAGAAGAAGGGAAAGAAAAUGAAUGACAAGCAGGAAACACUGCCCAUAGACGGGCGAUC